ACGGACGCUAAAAUGCUGAACUGAGCUAGUUGUGGGUGUUUUAUUAGUGAUUUUGUACGCGCCCGCGCCGCUUCAGCCAAAACGCAAAAGAGGACGAACUAGGAAGUCACGCGCAAAACCAGAAACGAUAAUAAAUAAUAUCACACGCAAAAUACAAACGUGCAAUUUUCAUUUCGAAGUUGUUAAGUUGAAAAGCAGUUAACGUUACCGUUAAACAACAAUAGCAACAACAAAAAUCAAAACUAAUCAUGAUGAUCUCGUGCAAUUGCUUGAAUUUUAAUGCCACCUCGCCGCAGCUGCAGCGCAGCCUGAGCACUGGUGCAGGCUCCGGAGGGGCUGGCAAUGCCAACAGCAAUAAUAAUAAUAAUCAUAAUAACAACAAUAGCAGCGCAGGAGCCGGCGAGGCUGCGCUGCCAGCGCUGCUUUCGCAGAAAUUUGUGCAAACCCUGCCAAGGGAUUUUAUCUACCACAGCAUUUUUAUGGAUUUCUUCAAGCAUGCAUAUGGGCCCAUUCCAGAUCUAACCAUAAAUGCCAUCAAUCAGCGUGAUUUAAUAUACAGCCUCACUCUGAACGUGGCUGGCCACUGCUGGCAGCUGUGCCUCUGCAUCAACUGUAAGGUGGUGCUGUGUGCCAAACGCUUGACGGCCGGCGCUGGCGCCACGCCCACACUCUACCUCAUCAACAGCCAGCUGUUGUGCAGCAACGAACAGCUAGCGCUCCGACGCAGCCAUAAAUCCUAUUCGGAGGCCUUUGAGCUGCUAAUCAUGGAUAACGAUGAUGCUGCGCCAGUUGGUGGAGCAACAGCCGUUGUCAAUUUGCCGCCACCGACAUCUACAGCAUCGUUGACGGGCAUUGUCAGCUCCUCGUCCAGCCUGAGCAUUGGCUCACUGUCCACCCAGGCGCCGCUCGAUGGCCGGCUGCAGCGUUUGCGCCAGCUGCAGGCACAUCAGCAGGCGCGACUUCAGUCCGAGAUCAACGGGACCAAUGAGCGUAUCGAACGCUACACGGAGCAGCAGUUCGCGCUGCUGAAGAGCUUUCGCGAGAAGUGCGACCAGGAAUGGGCGCUCCUCGCGCGUCAAAUACAACAAAUACCUGAACAGGAUUGCGAGCUGCUCGAUCGUGCCAUGCCCGUUGCCCUGGAGGUGACGGGCGGCGGCAAUGGCUGCAUUGGCUAUGCUGCCGGACCGGGUGGACGGCGUCGCAAUACCAUAAGCAGCCGGCGUGAGCUGGGCAUGCCUGCCACGCCCACCACACCACUAUUGCAACCGCCCAGUUUUUUGCCCUUGACGCAAGAUGCGUCGUCGUUGCAGCAGCAGCAGCAGCAACAACAGCAGCCGCUGCCCAGCGCCACCAUUUUAACCACGCGCAAAAUGUCCAACUUUGAUACGCCGCCUGCCACACCAGAAGCCACGCCCAUGAGCGUGGGCAACAGCCCCACCUUCAGGCAACAGCAGCAGCAGGCCUCGGCUGUUGCCAACAACACGUUGCUGCUGGCCAAGGCGUCUGCGGCCGCCACGACGAGCGCAGAUGAUGCCGACGACUGUCUGUUCGAUCUGGAGGAUGUCGAUGGAGUCAUCCAGACAUCGCCCAUCUAUCAGCAGCAGCAGCAGCAGCACUAUCAACGGCUGCACCAACAGCAGCAGCAGCAGCAACAGCUGCACCAUCAGCACGAGGACAACAUGAGCGAUGCCGACGAGGCGGAAGAUGCCCUCGACUUGGACAGCUCGUUGCCCAUAGCGAUGAGGGGCGUUGGCGCCAACGGGCGGGGCGUGUCGGCGCAUUUGCUCUAUGCCCGGAGUCUGCCCGUGGAGAUAGCCAACUCGCCGUUGGCGGAACGUGCCAAUAACAAUAACAAUCAGCAGCAUGUUCUGCUCGAGGAUGACGAGGUUCUGGACAAUACUGUGGACAUAGCAGCCAGCAUUAAGGCCUUGGCCAAGAGCGUGCAUGGCGAGGCUGUUUUUGGGGACUUGCCACGCCCCCGUCUGCGCUCCCAGAUCUAAAUGUUUUGAAACGACAACAACUACGUGAAUCAGCGUAUUUAAUAAUUUGUUAUAAAAGAAAAAAAAAAAAGGAAAGAAACGCAAGAAAAAACUCAGCUGUUUAUUCUAAACUAAAUUAGUUUGCUCAACGAAAAACCGAGACACUUGAAGCGCCUUCAUCAAGCACACCCAAACACACACACUCACACGCAUACUAUAUAUCUUUAUAAAACCCACACAUACACAUACAUACAUGCAUAUGCACCCUAACAUUUAGUUAAGCAACAAAAAGUUUAAGUAAUUUCAUGUAAUUUCCCUACACCCUUUUUUUCUUGCUUUAUUUUUUUAAGUGAAAAAUUCGUGCUCUUCCGUUUGGAUUAGCGAAUUGUGAAAUGUGUAUUUUCUUUUUUUUUCCUUCUUCUACGUACGAAAAGUGUUCGGCAUUGUCCGCCGUCACAUUUGGAAUUAAUUAAUUAACUGAUGAUGUUGUUAGUUUAUACAAUGAAUUAAUUAUAUAUCUCGAUGCAUACAAUACAAAUACAAAACAUACAAAUACAAAAUGCACACGACCAACCAACGUGUAA